AAAUACUAUUUGUCAUCUUUAUCUAAAACAAAUGACGUAUGAAAACAUCUUCAAUUUGAAUUUUUUUUUUCUACCUAUAAAUACGUAAUUCAUAUUUGACCCAAAUUUUUGUACACAGGUGUAUAGGGUAGGUACAACUGUACUCAAAAACAGCAGAAAAAAUGAUCUCUUAUCUUAGUAAUGUAAAUAUAAAACCUGUUAUUGAAUUAUUUGACUGUGGUGUGUUGAAAAGAUGAAAGUGAUUUAAAAGAUUUGUGUAUCGUGUGAUUAUUUAUUUUGGUAAUGAUGCGGUCGAGUAAAUCAAAAGAUUCAUCAUCGACGGCUAGUACCAUCGAUCGUAAGCCAGUUAUAUGUCGGAUCGGUAGCGGUGAUGAAGAUAGUGAAGAUACAAAUACUGAAGAUGAUUCAAAAUUAUUUAAACCGAUUACGAUAAGUAGUAAUAAAAUGCAAAAGAAUAAUACAUAUGAUCGUUUAUCGUCAACAUUAAUUGCAAAUAGAGGAAUUAGUUUACCGAUACAAAUUGUUCCACGAGUACCAAGUUUAGCUCGUGUUUCAACUUAUGGAAGUGGAUUAAAUCAGCCUGGUAGUAUAUCGGGAGGAAUACAAUCAGGACAAGAUUCUUUAACAAGACGUAGUUUUCGAUAUGGUGCAGCGAAUCGAAAAAUACGAAAAAGAGCAAUAUUCAAAAAUGGUGAUUGUAACAUAUUACAAUCUCGGAUAUCACGACGUAGAUUACGCUUCUUACAAGAUAUAUUCACAACACUAGUCGAUACACAGUGGCGUUGGACAUUAUUUGUAUUUGCCUUAAGUUUCGUUGGUUCAUGGCUUGGUUUUGCAAUGUUAUGGUGGUUAAUUGCGUUCACACACGGUGAUUUGGAAGAACAUCAUUUACCAGAUAAUCAAGAGAACAGUAAUUGGACACCAUGCAUCACACAAAUUUAUUCAUUUACAUCGUGUUUCUUGUUUAGCAUUGAAACUCAACAUACUAUAGGGUACGGAUCUCGAAGUACAACAGAAGAAUGCCCCGAAGCGGUAUUCGUUAUGUGUAUUCAAAGUAUUGCUGGUGUAAUGAUUCAAGCUUUCAUGGUGGGUAUUGUCUUUGCAAAAAUGACUCGACCGAAGCAUAGAACACAAACCUUGCUAUUUUCACGUAACGCAGUUAUUUGUCAACGAGAUGGUCAAUUGUGCUUUAUGUUCCGGGUUGGAGAUAUGCGAAAAUCUCACAUAAUAGGCGCAAGCGUUCGAGCUCAAUUAAUACGAUCUAGAUCAACCAAAGAAGGCGAAUUAUUAAAUCAGUACCAAACAGAACUUUCAUUAAACGCUGACGGGUGCAACGCUGAUUUAUUCUUUAUUUGGCCAAUGACAAUUGUACAUAUAAUUGACGAAACAUCACCGUUAUACAAUUUAAGUGCUGCAGAUUUACUACAAGAACGUUUUGAAAUUGUUGUAAUUUUAGAAGGUACUAUAGAAUCAACUGGACAAACAACACAAGCUCGAAGUAGUUACGUAACAUCAGAAAUUUUAUGGGGACACAGAUUUGAGUGCAUGGUACAUUAUAACAAAGAUCGGCAAGGAUAUGAAGUCGAUUACUCCAAUUUUAAUCAAACAAUUCAAGUUGAUACUCCAUUAUGUUCAGCGCAUGAAUUGCAUGAUUUUUAUCGGGUACAAGAUGAUUUUCGACAAGUUGAUCCAAAAGAAUCAAUUUCAUUUCUUCAACGUUCGGCUAGUAUGCGUCGUUGAUCUCCUACCCGUCUUCUAUGUUUGAAAACUAUCACUAAUUUUCUAUGGAAGUGUAGAAGAAACCACUGAAUAUAUUGAUAACAUUCCAAAAUCUAAUAAUACUGCUCAAGAAACGACUAUCGAACAAUAAUAC